CAACCGCUCCCCAGCUGCGGGAGGAGGAGUUAGAAGGACCCGCCCAAUUUCCAGCAGCACAUAAAUCACCUCUGCCGGCAGCCGGCCCUCACUUGGCCUUACACUCCGCUCGGCUCACCAUGUGUCACUCUCGCAGCUGCCACCCGACCAUGACCAUCCUGCAGGCCCCGACCCCGGCCCCCUCCACCAACCCGGGACCCCGGCGGGGCUCCGGUCCUGAGAUCUUCACCUUCGACCCUCUCCCGGAGCCCGCAGCGGCCCCUGCCGGGCGCCCCAGCGCCUCUCGCGGGCACCGAAAGCGCAGCCGCAGGGUUCUCUACCCUCGAGUGGUCCGGCGCCAGCUGCCAGUCGAGGAACCGAACCCAGCCAAAAGGCUUCUCUUUCUGCUGCUCACCAUCGUCUUCUGCCAGAUCCUGAUGGCUGAAGAGGGUGUGCCGGCGCCCCUGCCUCCGGAGGACGCCCCCAACGCCGCAUCCCCGGCGCCCACCCCUGUGCCCCCCGUCCUCGAGCCCUUUAAUCUGACUUCGGAGCCCUCGGACUACUCUCUGGACCUCAGCACUUUCCUCCAGCAACACCCGGCCGCCUUCUAACUGUGACUCCCCUCACUCCCCAAAAAGAAUCCGAAAAACCACAAAGAAACACCAGGCGUACCUGGUGCGCGAGAGCGUAUCCCAAACUGGGACUUCCGAGGCAACUUGAACUCAGAACACUACAGCGGAGACGCCACCCGGUGCUUGAGGCGGGACCGAGGCGCACAGAGACCGAGGCACAGCCAAGCUGGGGCUAGGCCUGGUGGGAAGGAGAGCAUUGUUAAUUUAUUUCUUAUUGCUCCUAAUUAAUAUUUAUAUGUAUUUAUGUACGUCCUCCUAGGUGAUGGAGGUGUGUACGUAAUAUUUAUUUUAACUUAUGCAAGGGUGUGAGAUGUUCCCCCUGCUGUAAAUGCAGGUCUCUUGGUAUUUAUUGAGCUUUGUGGGACUGGUGGAGGCAGGACACCUGGAACUGCGGCAAAGUAGGAGAAGAAAUGGGGAGGACUCGGGUGGGGGACGACGUCCCGGCUGGGAUGAAGUCUGGUGGUGGGUCGUAAGUUUAGGAGGUGACUGCAUCCUCCAGCAUCUCAACUCCGUCUGUCUACUGUGUGAGACUUCGGCGGACCAUUAGGAAUGAGAUCCGUAAGAUCCUUCCAUCUUAUUGAAGUCGCCUUUAGGGCGGCUGCGAGGUAGAGGGUUGGGGGUUGGUGGGCUGUCACGGAGCGACUGUCGAGAUCGCCCAGUAUGUUCUGUGAACACAAAUAAAAUUGAUUUGCUGUCUGCA